AUGAUUUGGCUACCGCAGGAGGACGUCUUCUCCUUCGCUAUCGAUUUCCGGAAAGAUCUGGAUCGGCUUCUUGGCGGCGACAUCUACCCCACCAAAAGAGAACUGUUAAGCCUUGUGAUGAGUAUAUUCGAUCCUCUUGGGCUUGCGGCAAACUAUAUCAUUCAUGGCAAGAUGUUGGUGCAAGACGUGUGGCGCACGAAUACAGCAUGGGAUGAGAAGAUACCGGAUGAAAUCUUCCCGACGUGGCAACGAUGGGUCCAGUCGCUCCGUGAGCUGACACAGUUUCGCAUUGACCGCUGCUACUUUCCGGGAUAUACUCCUAAGGCACUGGAAACUUUGGAACUACAUGUGUUCGUCGACGCAAGCGUAUCAGCGUAUGCUGCGGUGGCCUACUUCCGCAUAGUGGAUCGUGCGACGGUCAGGUGUAGCCUCGUGUCGUCGAAGACCAAAGUAGCGCCGAUCAAACAACUCUCCGUGCCUAGGCUGGAACUGCAGGCUGCAGUUCUAGGAACGAGGUUAACGAAGUCCAUCAUCAGUAGUCACACGCUUUCGAUCAAUAGAAAGGUAUUUUGGAGUGAUUCCAAUACCGUCCUAGCUUGGCUCCGUUCAGAUCAGCGUAGAUUUCAUCAAUUCGUGGCGUUCAAGAUUGGCGAGAUUCAGGAGGAAACGGACGUUUCAGAGUGGAGAAAGGUGCCGUCAGGAUGGAACGUAGCAGAUGAUGCCACGAAGUGGGGCUGGUCCGAAAGCUUUGAACAGCAGCAGAUGGUAGGGUACGUUCUGCGAUUCCGCAGCAAUCUCCAGAAACGAUUACGUAAGCAGCAGUUACCCGGCACCAUCAGUCUAAGUAGCGAGGAGUUGUUGGAAGCAGAAAGGACGAUAAUCCGCUCUCUCCAACGAGAAGUAUUUUCCGAGGAAUAUGCCAUACUGGAUUCGAAACAACAGUCUGAGAAUGAUGAGCCCAAGACGGUAAAGAAGACCAGUAAAAUCUACAAGUUGUGCCCUUUCGUCGGAGUUGACGGCGUACUACGGAAGGACGGGCGCAUCGGUGCCGCUCCAUGGCUUACUAUUGAGGCUAAAUUUCCAGCCAUCCUUCCGAAAGCUCACUACGUAACGGCAUUAGUUGUCGACGAGAUCCACCGAAAAUUCGGACAUUCUAACAACGAGACCGUCGUCAAUGAGGUCAGACAAAGGUAUCAUGUGUCCGAACUCAGAGCUGUCGUAAGAAGAGUGGCCCAGCGUUGUCAACGAUGUAAGAUGCGGAAAGCAACCCCUCUACCACCCCGAAUGAGUUCUUUACCAGAGGUGCGUCUAACUCCUUACGUCAAGCCGUUUACCUACACCGGUCUUGACUAUUUUGGUCCACUUUCGGUGAGGAUAGGACGAAGUCAUGCAAAGCGAUGGGUGGCAUUGUUCACAUGCCUUACAACAAGAGCCGUUCAUUUAGAGUUAGCGUACACUCUAUCCACGGAAUCAUGCAAGAUGGCUGUACGGCGAUUCGUGGCUCGCCGUGGAGCUCCAAUGGAGAUAUACUCUGAUCAAGGUACAAACUUCCAGGGAGCCCGAAAAGAGCUGAAUGAACAAGUUCGACGGAUAAAUUGCGAGUUGUCUUCAACGUUCACCAAUGCAAUAACUAAGUGGAAGUUGAACCCCCCGUACGCUCCUCAUAUGGGGGGCAUAUGGGAAAGAUUGGUCCGAUCGGUGAAGUGUGGACUAGCGGCCAUGGAGAUUUCAAGGAAUGCGGAUGAGGAAACGCUUCUUACAGCGCUUGCUGAAGUGGAGUCUAUGGUGAAUACGCGUCCCCUGACCUAUUUACCGUUAGAUGCAGCAGAGGAUGAGACGCUCACACCGAACCACUUCCUUCUUCUCAGUUCCAACGGUGUUUGUCAGCCGGCGGCCGCCCCUCAGGACGAAAGGUCAGCGCUACGGUCUAACUGGAACCACGUUCGGGUCAUGUUGGACAGGUUCUGGAAGAGGUGGAUUAGAGAAUACAUCCCGGUAAUAGCGAAGCAGUCCAAGUGGUUCGGCGAAGUGAAGCCACUAAAGGUCGGCGACCUGGUGGUUUCCGUGAAUGAGAACGUGAGGAACAGCUGGGACCGAGGAGUAGUUAUCAUCGUAUAUCCAGGGAAAGAUGGAAGGAUCAUACGGGCAGACGUGAGAACGGCAGCCGGUGUAUUUCUACGGCCUGUGACUCAGCUAGCGGUCUUGGAUGUGCUGGAUAAAGGUGGUAUAGCUGAAGAAACUACCAGCAAUACGGGGUGGGGUAUGUGCGCGACAGUAGAAGACCCCUCGUCACCGGUUAUCACACGCAGCUCUCGGUCGACCGUGACCAUGACAGACAAGAAUGAUGUCAUGUAA